CCAAAAUCCCGCCGUCAAGCCUCAACACCCACCUCUACAGUGUACCUGCUCCGAUGUCCUGCGCCACAUAUAGGUUUACUCCGCCAGAAUGGUCAGCGCCCAAGAUGUCGCGGGUCGCAAGUCGGACACGGGUACGGAUGAGCAAAAGCAAGCCGCGCAGAUGAUCCAGCGCAACUAUCGCGGCUAUCGAGAGCGUAGGCAGCUUCAAGGCAUGGGCCUAGAUGCUAGCGCACGAUGGGCAGAGGUCCGAGACGUUUGCCAUACAUCAGAAGACAUGCAACUAAUGGUACCAGGCUAUACGCGAUGCGAAAUGGCGUAAUGCGACGAGACCCAAGCCGCGCGCGGAAGAAGCGGCUUUGCGCGAGAGCCUCACCACACCCGAGGAACGUUCACGAGCCAACUCGACGGCAGCGCGCGAGAAGUGGAAGCGUGUGGGCGAGAUCGCG